AUGAAGAUUGGAGAAAAAAAUAGAAAAUAUGAAGAUGGGAAACUUUAUGUCAUGUACGAUAAUAUUUAUGACACAUAUUUAAAGGACAAUCGAAAGAAUUAUUUUACAAGAAUAAUACGAUUUCCAAACCCAUCUAUAUUAAUAAUAAAAGCAUUGUGUGAACUUUAUAAUAUAGCAGACAAAGUAGAAUAUGUUUCUUGUGAUUCGAAUUUUGAAGUAAUAAAAACCCAUAGUUAUUUUAAUGGGGAAAAAAAAAGUGUUUAUGAAACUUUGCAUAUUAUAUAUUCAAUGAAUAAGGAAAGGAAAUCAAGCUUAUUAAAUAAUAAUUCCAAAGAUAAUGAUGCAUCCCCAAAAUUGGAUGGAAACAAAAAUGAAAGUGGAAAAUAUCCAGAUAAUUAUAUGAAUUUGAGAGUAUAUUACAUUUUAAACGAAUUUAAUGAAGUGUAUGAAUAUUUUUUAUUUCUUUGUAAACAAAUUUAUGAUAAUUAUACUUAUAAUUUUUUUAUAAAUAGUAAUUAUAAUAUAAUAAAAGGGUAUUUAAAAUUACAGUAUAUAAAAAGUUAUGUGUCUAAAAAAUUUAAUAAUAUUUCCUUUGAAACAAUUUUAAAUAAAUUUAUUAAAUUGUUAAAAUUGUUUAAUAAGUUAGAAAAAAAUUGUAUGCAAAUAGACUGUGUUGUUUUUUAUGUAUACUUUUAUGCAUUUUUAAAUAUCCCGAUACAUCUAUAUCCUUGGAAUUGUGAUAAUAAUUUAAAUGAUACGUUAUACAGAAAAAUAUUAAAUAAUGGAAAUAUUAAUACCAUAAUUGAUAAAGUUAAAAGUAAUAAGCAAAUAUUUUUUUCCCAUAUUUUAAUCGGCACAAAUGAUGUAGAAACAAAUUAUUAUGAAACCUAUGAUUUUAAUACAGCUAUAUUUCUUAGCAAUCAAAAGAAAAUUGGUACACUAAAUGAAGUUGUGAAAGAGGAGGGGAACAAAACGAAAAAUGAAGAAGAGAAAGAAGAGAAAAAAAAGAAAAAUGAAGAGAAAGAAGAGAAAAAAAAGAAAAAUGAAGAAAAAGAAGAGAAAAAAAAGAAAAAUGAAGAAAAAGAAGAAAAAAAAAAGAAAAAAAAAACAGAUACAUUAAAUACGGAUAAUAAAAAGUCCAUUGAUAAAGUACACACAGAUAUUUCUUUUUAUGAGAAUACAGAGGACUAUAUUAUUCUAAGCGAAUAUAACACAUUAAAAUAUAUAGGUUAUAAUACAUUGAAACAAUUUUAUUUAUCACAUUUUUAUUAUUUAACAAUUUUAAAAAAAUGUUUUUUUAUUAAUGUUAAAAUGAAAACUAUUUACAAUUUUUUUAGUAAUAUAGCUAUUCGAAUAAUUGAUAUAGACAAAAUUUUCGAAAAAAUAUUAAAUUAA